AUGGAGUUAUUGGAAAGAACUUGUGGUGAACUGCNUGACUCGGGUGCCCAGAAAGAUUNGGAAAUCGAGUCGCUCAAGGGCCAGCUUUCACUGGAGAAAAGCUCUGUUGANUCUAAGAUCAAGACUGCCANGAAGAGGAUUGUGCGUUCUUUGAUGAGCAAAUUUAAGUCGAAGAUAGAGAAGACCAAGGGAAAGUUCAGGNCUCUNGGAAAGNCGGUGAAUAAGAUGAAUGACCUUGCCCAAGUUGAUGCAAAUCUCGAGCUCAUCCAGAANCUCCAACGCGAGGAUGCUCCAUCUUUGGAGGANGAAGCCGCACAAAUUUCNGAGUGGAGGGAGGAANUUGUUGGCGGGGACAAGGACUACAAUGCGUUGUUUGCCGAGAUUCAACAAGGUUUGGUUGUUUCUCCUUUCUCUUACGAUGAUGCUUCCACCUUUGAUGCCAAUCCGUUCGAGAAUCAGGCAGAAGAUAUCGGAGUUCACUUCCCCUCUGGGUCAAAUUGGGANCCUUCUGGUGUGUGCUUGCUUGAUCCGCGUGAUGCCCGAGAUAUCGGUGCAGGGUUUGAAGGCGAACCCGGUGGUACUAAAAGCUAUGGCUUCGACGAUGGAAAUGCGGUUGAAACCGGCGCUGAUGAAGUUGGUGCCAGAUCUGAUGCUGGCGGAAGUGGAACUGAUGUCGAGGAAUAUGAGUAUGAUCACGGCGGCGAUGGAGAUGCUGCAUCCUAG